UUUAUUUAUCAUAUAAAUAAAGAAUUCCCCUGUCUCGUUCAUAUUCUUCUUCUCAGGUCUCAUCCAUAGACCGGUAAACCCCAUCUCCUCCGGCCGCUGUGCGAUCAACCACCGCUCACCUUUGUUUACUCUCUCGUCUAAGGAAGGAUUAAAAUGCCGAAAGUAAAGACAAGCCGAGUUCAAUACCCAGAAGGAUGGGAAUUGAUUGAGCCUACGCUUCGUGAACUUCAAGCAAAGAUGAGGGAAGCUGAGAAUGAUCCACAUGACGGCAAAAGAAAAUGCGAGACUUUAUGGCCUAUAUUUAAAAUUGCUCACCAGAAGAGCCGCUACGUAUUUGACCUCUACCAUCGGAGAAAGGAAAUUUCUAAAGAGUUGUAUGAAUUCUGUUUAGACCAAGGAUAUGCUGACCGCAAUCUAAUUGCGAAAUGGAAGAAGCCCGGCUAUGAACGGCUAUGUUGCUUGAGGUGCAUACAGCCACGUGAUCACAAUUUUGCCACCACAUGUGUUUGCAGAGUGCCGAAGCAACUUAGGGAGGAGAAGGUUAUAGAGUGUGUCCAUUGUGGUUGCAAAGGUUGUGCAAGUGGGGACUAAUUUGUGAUUGGACAUCAAUUCUAUUAUCUGGAGGAUUUGUUGGAAUCAUUCUGUUUUUGUUUUCUGAAACUCUUCCAUCUAGGCUCAACUUCUCCACUUUGUAAUACAGUUUAAUAACUUCACAUGAGCUAUGCACUGGGAAUAUUUUUAGAUAACUAUUAAUAUCUGCAUAGUUCAAAACCUGACUUGAGUUUUGUAACAUUUGGUGUAGAAUAGUCGAACGAAGAUUUACCUUAAAAACGUGUAUUAUUAUUUGCCAACAAAUGCUGAUUCGGAUGGUAAGAGUUGACCUAUACCCGUAAUGUUUGAGUUCAAAUUUCGUUGUUAGCUAGAGGAUUUUAUGGGUGGAUAAUCCGUAAAUGGAUUUGUUACUGUUUUCUGAA